AUGGCUCACGCGGCCUCCCAAUUGAAGAAGAAUCGGGGGGAAGUGGAUGUGAAUGCAAUAGAGGACGAGAAGGAGAAGCGGAGGAAGAGCAGGAGAGCAACGUCCCGGGAACAAAAGAGAAAGUCUGACAGUAAUGCCAGUUACCUGCGAGCUGCCCGGGCAGGGAACCUCGAAAAGGUUCUUGACUACCUCAAGUCUGGGGUUGAAAUUAACAUUUGCAAUCAGAAUGGUUUGAACGCUCUUCAUCUUGCCUCCAAGGAGGGGCAUGUAGAGGUUGUUGCUGAACUGCUGAAGCUUGGAGCCGCUGUGGAUGCAGCCACGAAGAAAGGAAACACUGCUCUGCACAUAGCCUCACUGGCUGGCCAAACGGAAGUCGUCAAAGAGCUGGUCACUAAUGGAGCCAAUGUCAACGCACAGUCUCAGAAUGGCUUCACUCCUCUGUACAUGGCAGCCCAGGAGAAUCACCUGGAGGUGGUACGGUUCCUUCUGGAGAACAGCGCCAGCCAGAGUAUGGCCACUGAGGAUGGCUUCACGCCUCUGGCGGUGGCCCUCCAGCAGGGCCAUGACCAGGUGGUCUCCCUGCUACUGGAGAACGAUACAAAGGGCAAGGUACGCCUGCCUGCCCUGCACAUCGCUGCCCGCAAGGAUGACACCAAGGCCGCGGCCCUGCUCCUGCAGAACGACCACAACGCGGAUGUUGAGUCUAAGAGUGGUUUCACCCCUCUCCACAUCGCGGCUCACUAUGGCAACAUUAACGUGGCCACACUCCUGCUGAACCGAGGCGCUGCUGUGGACUUCAUGGCUCGGAAUGACAUCACGCCACUUCAUGUGGCAGCAAAAAGGGGCAACAGCAACAUGGUCAAGCUGCUCCUGGACAGAGGGUCCAAAAUUGAUGCAAAGACCAAGGACGGUCUGACACCUCUUCACUGUGGGGCGAGGAGCGGACACGAGCAGGUGGUAGAAAUCCUACUAGACCGAGGAGCACCUAUCCUAUCCAAGACCAAGAACGGCCUGUCACCGCUCCACAUGGCCACUCAGGGGGACCACUUGAACUGCGUCCAGCUCCUACUCCAGCAUGACGUGCCUGUGGACGACGUCACCAACGACUACCUAACGGCGUUGCACGUCGCUGCCCACUGUGGUCACUACAAGGUGGCAAAGCUCAUCGUGGACAAGAAGGCCAACCCGAAUGCCAAGGCCCUGAAUGGUUUCACUCCACUUCACAUCGCCUGCAAGAAGAACAGAGUCAAAGUGAUGGAGCUGUUGCUUAAACAUGGAGCUUCUAUCCAGGCUGUCACUGAGUCUGGCCUGACACCCAUCCAUGUGGCAGCCUUCAUGGGCCAUGAGAACAUUGUCCAUGCUCUGACACACCAUGGAGCAUCACCCAACACCACCAACGUACGCGGUGAGACAGCUCUCCACAUGGCAGCCAGGGCAGGGCAGACAGACGUAGUCCGAUACCUGCUUAAGAACGGAGCCAAGGUGGAGACCAAGUCCAAGGAUGACCAGACUGCGUUGCACAUCUCCAGUCGGCUAGGGAAAGUCGACAUCGUCCAGCAGCUGCUGCAGUGCGGCGCCUCUGCCAACGCUGCCACCACCUCAGGCUACACCCCCCUUCACCUGGCUGCCCGCGAAGGACACCAAGAUGUUGCUGCCAUGCUGCUGGAGAAUGGAGCCUCGCUCUCCUCCUCAACUAAAAAAGGGUUCAGUCCCCUACAUGUGGCAGCAAAAUACGGCAAGAUGGAAGUCGCCAGUCUCCUCCUACAGAAGAGAGCUGUGCCUGAUGCUGCUGGAAAGAGUGGGCUAACUCCACUGCAUGUAGCCGCUCACUACGAUAAUCAGCGAGUGGCACUGCUGCUGCUGGAUCAGGGAGCUUCCCCACAUGCUGCCGCUAAGAAUGGCUACACCCCACUCCACAUUGCUGCCAAAAAGAACCAAAUGGACAUUGGGACCACACUGCUGGAGUACGGCGCAGACACCAACGCGGUGACACGGCAAGGCAUCAGCCCCAUUCACCUGGCAGCGCAGGAGGGCAGCGUGGACCUGGUUUCACUGCUGCUGACCAAGAAUGCCAAUGUCAACGUGUGCAAUAAGAGUGGACUUACACCACUCCACUUGGCAGCUCAGGAGGACAAGGUCAAUGUUGCAGAAGUUCUCCUCAACCACGGGGCUGAUGUCAACCCACAAACAAAGAUGGGUUACACUCCGCUGCACGUGGCUUGUCACUAUGGCAACGCAAAGAUGGCAAACUUCCUGCUGCAGAACCGUGCCAGAGUCAAUGGCAGAACCAAGAACGGAUACACUCCUCUCCACCAGGCAGCUCAGCAGGGCCACACCCACAUCAUCAACCUGCUGCUUCAGCACGGGGCCUCGGCCAACGAUCUCACCGUGAAUGGGAACACUGCCCUAUCCAUCGCCCAUCGACUCGGGUACAUCUCUGUGGUGGACACUCUGAGGCCCAUGACGGAUGAAAACCUGACUGCCAUGAGUGCAUCAGAAAAACACAAAAUCAAUGUCCCAGAGACCAUGAAUGAGUUCCUUGACAUGUCAGACGAUGAAGUCCGGGCCAAUGUGCCAGAAAUUCUCGAUGAGGAAUCUUUUUCUGAUGUUGAUGAAGGUGAGGAUGCGAUGACCGGGGACACGGACAAAUACUUGCGGCCUCAGGACCUCAAAGAGCUUGGGGAUGACUCUCUCCCUCAGGAGGGGUACAUGGGUUUCAGCAUAGGAGCCCGCUCAGCCAGCCUCCGCUCCUUCAGUUCGGAUAGGUCCAACACACUCAACCGGAGCUCGUUUGCACGAGACAGCAUGAUGAUUGAAGAGAUUCUGGCCCCUACGAAGGACACACAUCUGGCUGUGACGAGAGACUACAGCUCAGAGUGCAUGCGGCGCUACAGCUGGACUCCAGACACCAUGGACCACAGCCACAACACUGUGUCCAGCCCCAUUCACUCUGGGUUCUUGGUCAGCUUCAUGGUGGACGCCCGUGGCGGCUCCAUGAGAGGCAGCCGCCACAAUGGCAUGCGCAUCAUCAUCCCUCCCAGGAAGUGCACAGCGCCCACACGCAUCACCUGUCGCCUGGCCAAAAGGCACAAGCUGGCCUACCCCCCUCCCAUGGUGGAGGGAGAGGGUCUGGUCAGCCGGCUGGUGGAGGUCGGUCCAGCCGGGGCUCAGUUCCUCGGUCCUGUUAUUGUGGAGAUCCCUCAUUUUGGUUCCAUGCGGGGGAAAGAGAGGGAGCUGAUCGUGUUGAGGAGUGACAAUGGUGAUACAUGGAAGGAGCACCAGUCUGACGCCAGACCAGAGGACCUUGUUGACCUGCUCACUGGGAUGGAUGAAGAGCUGGACAGCCCUGCUGAGUUGGAGAAGAAGCGUAUUUGCCGCAUUGUCACCAGAGAUUUUCCUCAGUAUUUUGCUGUGGUGUCACGGAUAAAGCAGGAGUCUAACCACAUGGGUCCUGAUGGAGGCAUGCUGUCCAGCACCACUGUGCCCAUGGUCCAGGCAUCAUUCCCACAGGGGGCGCUCACCAAGAGGAUUCGUGUUGGCCUGCAGGCCCAGCCUGUACCAGAUGACAUGGUGAGGGCAGUCCUUGGUAACAGAGCCACCUUCAGCCCCAUCGUCACUGUAGAGCCCAGGAGGAGGAAGUUCCACAAGCCGAUCACAAUGACGAUCCCCGUUCCACCUAGAUCGGCAGAAGGCCAUCCCAGUGGCCACCGAGGCGACUCUGCACCCUGCCUACGUUUGCUGUGCAGCAUCACAGGAGGGACGUCCCCUGCCCAGUGGGAGGACAUCACAGGGACCACACCACUGUCCUUUGUAACCGACUGUGUCUCCUUCACCACAAAUGUGUCGGCCAGGUUCUGGCUCGCAGACUGUCACCAGAUUCCUGAGACGGUGAGUCUAGCGUCUCAGUUAUACCGGGAACUGAUCUGCGUGCCGUACCUGGCCAAGUUUGUGGUGUUCGCCAAGAUGAACGACGCUGUUGAGGCUCGGCUGCGCUGCUUCUGCAUGACAGACGACAAGGUGGACAAGACCCUUGAGCAGCAGGAGAACUUUGAGGAAGUGGCGCGGAGCAAGGAUAUUGAGGUUCUCGAGGGCAAGCCUAUCCAUGUGGACUGCUAUGGCAACCUGUCCCCUCUCACCAAAAGUGGCCAGCAGUUGGUUUUUAACUUCUACUCCUUCAAGGAAAACAGACUUCCUUUCAAUGUGAAGAUCAGAGACAUGGGCCAGGAGCCAUGUGGCCGCCUCUCCUUCCUGAGAGAGCCAAAAUCCACUAAAGGCCUUCCACAGACUGCCAUAUGCAAUUUGAAUAUCACACUGCCAACCCACAAGAAGACUGAAAAGCCAGAACGACGUCAUACCUUUGCCUCCUUAGCUUUGCGUAAGCGCUACAGCUAUUUGACCGACCCAGCAGCGAGUCCCCAAAGUCCUUGUGAGCGGACGGACUUGCGCAUGGCCAUCGUUGCAGAUCACCUGGGACUCAGUUGGACAGAGUUGGCCCGGGAGAUGAACUUCACAGUGGAUGAGAUCAACCACAUCAGACUAGAGAACCCCAACUCUCUGACAGCACAGAGCUUCAUGCUACUUAAGAAAUGGGUCAGUCGGGAAGGGAAAAACGCCACAACGGAUGCCUUAACUACAGUGCUGACCAAAGUCAAUCGGAUGGAUAUUGUGACUUUACUGGAGGGCCCAAUAUUUGACUAUGGUAACAUUUCAGGCACGAGAUGUUUUGCCGAUGAUAACGCUGUUUUCCGGGAUCAGGCUGAUGAUUAUCAGAGCAUUCUAGCGGAGCUGCAGUCCCCUGCUGCACUGCACUCUGACCCCCACUUCCUGGAGCCCGAACUCCCCAUCACCCCCAACCCUUCCCUUGCUCACCAUCAACCAGAGCCAGACACCCCUUUGCUGGCCGACUCCCAGCCUCAGCCCUUGCCCUGGAGCCCGGAGAUAGAGCCUGGUAGCGAAGAGCCAGACAGCCCUCCUAGGAGCCCCCCCAGACCCUGUGAGCUUGCCCUAUCCUUCCCGGCCUUUGAACUCCCUGACCCUGUUCCUUCUAAGGUCAGAAAGCCCCACAUCGCUCUGAACGACCAGCUGCUUUUGAGCGAAGAGGAGGACAGGUCUUGUCAUGAAAUGGAGCUGAGCCACAAGCCCAGGUCUCACUCUUUCCCAGCGAUGUGUGAGUUAGACAUUGACAUGGCUUACUCCACAUCUUCCCCUUCUCUAUCAUCAGUAUCAUCUAUAACCCCUUCAUCGCCUGACAGAGCACAAGUGGUAGAUGCAGGAGUGCAGUUGGGUGCCCCCAAUGGGGUACAGGAGGAUGUAGGUUUAAAAGGAGGUGAAAUGGAAGUGACAGAAGAAAUAGAGAAGGUUGUUGAGAUGGUUGCAACAGAGGUAGCAGAGGGCAAUGGAUUAGUGGAAAAGUGGGUAGAGCAGGACCUGAUUAAAAAUGUGGAAAGAAAAUGUGAGUUGAUAACAAAAGAUAGGUCAAAGUUGGCAGAGGAAAAAAACAUUUUGGUGGAACAGAAGGAGGGGUCUGCAGAGGAAGAGAAAGAUGUGAUAGAUGAGCAGCAUGUCCUUGUUCAAGAUGAGAAGAAGGGGACAGCCUGUAAGGUGGAGGAGGUGAGAGAUGUGCAGAAUCUGUCAGAGGAGCAGCAUAAUCUGAUAGAGAUUUGGCAUGAAGUGGGAAAAGACUGUACCACAAUAGAAGCGGUGACUGUCACAGAGGGUAUUGAUGAAAAACCAGAGGUGCAAAAGGUGGAUGGGGACAGUGAGGAAAGAGUCUACAAGGGUGACACAGAUGGAGAACUGCAGUUUAAGGAUGAAGGAGAGUUGUGUGGCAGUGAAAGAGAUAUUUACGGGACGUCAGAAGAGGACCAUGCAACCAAGGACCAGGCUGUAGCCUGUCUCUCCCCUCAGGCCUGGGUUGAGGCACUUGGAGAACUUCAGUCCAGUGAGUCUGAAUCCAAUGAGGAAGAGGAGGAGAGACACGGAGACAAACAAAGCACAGAAGAGGCAUUAGGAUCUCUGUUGGAGGAGGUGAAGAAAGAAGAAGGCUCAGAGGAGAAGGAGGAGGACAAAGAGAUGACCGAGGCCAGGGUUCAGGAGAUUCUUGAUCAGGUUGAACAGGCAGAAAAAGACAUGUGUUCACUUUCAGGUUGGCACAGUGAUUCAUCAAGCGUCAAUGUGGAACCACCAACGCCAGGCCGAAGUGUCAGCUCAGACCUGCUCGACAGACGGGAAAGCCAGGAGAACUCUAGUGACUCCAUCACAUCCUCGUCUAGGGGCGAAUCAGGGAGGUCCCGACAGAACGGCGACAGCUCAAAGCACUCACCUCAGGGCGGCUCCUCUGAGUCAUCGAAUGGCAGAAAAGAAGAGGGAGCGCUGGUGUCAGAGAAAAAAGUCCAGCAGCGGGUUAGUGUAGAUUCUGGUUCAGAGGAAGAACAGACUGUAACUACAAGAAUCUUCAGACGCCGUCUCAUUUUAAAGGGAGAAGAGGCAAAGAAUAUUCCAGGCGAGUCUGUUACAGAGGAACACUAUAUGGACCAAGACGGUAACCUCAUCAGUAGAAAAGUAAUAAGGAAGGUUAUUCGGAGGGUUUCUACUCCCACACCAGAAAACCAAGGAGGCGACAGGUGGCACAGAGACCUUCAGCACAGUCCCAUUCUGCAGGAAGACUGGUCUGAGCAAGGAGAAGUUUCAAGGAAUAGCAGGCGAAAGGAUGACAGAAGAUCAGGAGAUAAGAAGUUCCACUCAUAGGGAUGGUUGUGCUCUACCAGAUGUACAGGAACUGAGUUAGAUGUUUCCUGGGAAGAAGUGUUCAGAGGGCUGAAGAGCUACAGUGUGAGGCCUUCAGACAAGGGUCCAGUCUGCAACUAUCUGCUUCAAACAAAUGGUUUUCAUGUGAGAGGAGUCGACCCUUCUGACUUACGCAUGAGCAUGAAAAACUCACUUCCUGUCAAUCAAAAAGACCCAGGAGGUUCUCACUCUCUGACUGCGGUGGACUCGUGGACAAUGAUUCUGCUUCCUGUUUUUGUGUGAGACAAUACGUGCCAUCGGUCCACUGGUGAAGUGAGAGCCUUUUGAAGAGCAUCGUUUGUGGUGAAAACGAAAAAGACUCCGUUACUGACAACCACACAGGUGCAACUGUGACCAAAGAUGGCACAAGAGCUCAGUCCACAUGGUGGAUGGAAAGAAUGAAGUAGACACAAUAACACAAAAAAAUCUAAUGGAACACUUCUGAUUCAACUUCAACACUCGCCUUAUGGUUUUUUCUUGAACCCAUUGUUGUCAGGAUGUAAAUUGUUUUGGGAUUUUUUUCUUCCUUUUUAAAACUUAAACUAACACAAAAGCUUUUUUCUGUAUAUAAAAUUACAAUGUGUAAAAUUCUUAAAAAAGGGUAAGUUACUGGUUGAGAACGCACUGAGGAGAGUAACCUUUUCAAGUGCUUUCAAAAUUUAUUGAAACAGUUCCACUUUUAAAGAUUUGAGUGUAACUUCACAGGUUCUUGUAUAAUUAAUUAUUAGAGCAGGUAUAAUGUUUGUACAUGAAAAAAAGCUGGUUUGAUUUUAACAGAAGAAAUUUCCAGAAAAUCAAAUUUCAGUAAUUCCCAAAGUGGGAGUGGAUCUAAUCCUGCAAAAAGCAGCCUUUCAGAGUACUCAUAUUUUCAUGCAUGCUGUUCACAUUAUUUUAAGUACAAUUUUUACAAGUUUGCAAACACUGUAUUCAAAUGACAAAUAAAAACCCUUUAUCUGUGUACACAUAUAGCCCAAACAUUUGUCACCGAUUUUAUAUUUUAAAUUGAAAAAGGAUACCAUUAAAGCAUUUAUCAUGAUGGGGUGAGAAUGAAAAAAAGUUCUAUAGCUUCUUGAGGGUGUGAUGUCUUGUCUGUGUAUGUAAAACCGGAGGGCAGCUUCUGCUACGAGAACGAAAUAAUCUGAAUGUAAAUGCUAGUAGGCUGGCUCGCUGUAAAAUUAUAACUGUAUUGUGCGUAUUGGCUAUAAGGUGUAGGAGUCUCUGUACACUGUUAGACUGUUCGUAAUCAUUUUAGCAGUGUGUCAAUUUGGUUUUCUAACGGCUGCUGUGGUAUUAAAGGAAAACGGGGGCAUUUCAUUUUGGAUUUUUUGGUGAAGUAUUUCCUUAAUUUAAAAUCCUACUCACAUUAAGGACACAUAAAGACAUUAUUUGAUUGUAGCUCUAAAUAGCAUAUUGUAUGACAAAAACACUGGAUGGUCAAAAACAAUUAUUUAAGCAUUAAAUAAAUUGUGUUUAACUCUGAAACUGUGUGAUCUUUUUAGGCUUGAGAGUCUGUAUAUGCAGUGUCGAAUAGAAUUGUUUUCACUAGCUCAUUGGCAAAAUUUUACUUUACAAGACAUUAGGAAUUAUCUUUGUAUUGGUUUUCAUUAGAUGCCCAUGUAGUUCAAGUGUGGUGUUCUACUGGUGCGAUGGCUCAGUAUGCUGAUGUCUAUGCUGUGGACAUGAAAACUAUGUAACUUUUUUUUUUUUUUUGGCGGGGGGAGGGGGGAGGGGGGUUGAAGAAAGUCAGGUAGGGUGCUGUACCACAUCCCCUUAUACUACUAUGUCAAUCAAGGGGAAGAGGAUCCUUUGAUAUGGUUGAACUAUCAAUUUUGUCAAUUUUGUUUGAUAUGUGUUUUCACCUGAGCAGAUUUUUUGAUGUACAAUUCUUACUAACAGCGUGAAGCCAUUGAAAUGUAACUAUUCUAGCACUUUGGUUAUUCAAGGUCUUUUAGAGGCUAUAGCAGCAAUGAUGCCACCACAAAUGUUUCAGACGUCUUUAAAAAAAAUCAACCUAAAAAUAAAAAAAUAAAAAUGCAUUGA